AUGGUCAGCGACGACCACCACCACCCCACGGCGGCCACCGGCGUUCAAGCCCAAGACCCAGAUGGAUCCGAUCUAAACCCGGCAGCGCCCGUGACCACCGAUCUUGCCCAACACGCAGCCGUCACCACGCCGCGAGCAGGCCACCGCCGCCGCCGCGCAGCGCACAACGUCGCCAAGAAACCCGCCCGCCGCGCCGCCCGACCCCACGCUAGCCUGGCGCCCCGUCCGAUCUGGCUGCCCCGGGCCAGCUGCGAUGGACAAGGGGAAGAGACGCCCGCCGCCGCCCAGCAGGCUAAGCUUUGCCCGGCGGCGCUGCGGACGGCGGCGAGGAUAGACAAAUACAUGGCACCAAAAAUUGCGGAUUUUGGAUUGUCGAGGAUCUUCACAGGAAGUCGUAGCCAUGUGACUGUCGAAACAGUUGCAGGAACAAUGAAGUACAUGCCACCAGAAUUAAGAAAGCAAAGCGAGGUUUCAGACAAGACGGAUAUUUUCGGUUUAGGUGUUACUAUCAUAGACAUAAUGGCAGGACCUCAAGGUUACGUCAAAUUCAGGGAGGUGGAGGACGCAGAAUUUACUGAUCAUAGAAGGUGUGUUUCUGAGCUGGUGGAUGAGACGAAGUCGAUGGCUGUUUCUGCUGCACCAUCCCAAUUGCAACCAUCAGCGCUGGAGGUGGAGCACGAGGGUAGCAAAAUGAGCCAAGAGAGGGAGGAGAUGGAAGCAAUCACGAGCGAGGCGACUGGUGUGAUGGAGCUCCUCCCCGGCAAAUCCACCGCGCUCAUCGGCGACAAGUACAAGCUGCUCCUCGCUGAGGUAAGCAAACAGGCAUUGUUCCUGGAGAAGGAGUCGAACUCCAUAAAUGCUGUCCUCAAGGAUCUGGAGCUGAAGGCUGAACUCACUUUAGAGCUCAAAAACUGGAGGGACGAUGUCAGGGAGAUUUCCUAUGACAUUGAGAAUUGCAUGGAUGACUUCAUGUGCCGACAUGGAGGUGGCAAUGUUGAGGCAGGCUUCAUCCCAGAGACUACUGAACUUCACAAGAGGUUAUGCGAGCUUCGUCAAAUUGCUGACCAGAUGGAAGAGCUUAAGACUCGCGCUCUAGAGACAAAUGCUCGGCGUGAGAGGUACAAGAUUGAUGAUUGGAAGCCUACCCCCGUCUCUCUGGCUGUUGAACCUCAUCUUCGAGUGGCUAACAAUGCGAAAGCCACCCUUGUGGGUAUUGAUGGCCCAAAGAAAGAGGUUGCCAAGUGGUUGAUGGAUACUCAGGAGGAACUCAAGGUGGUGUCCAUUGUGGGAUUCGGAGGUCUUGGCAAAACUACACUUGCCAAGCAAGUGUUUGACGAGAUUAAAGGGGAAUUCGAUUGUAAGGCAUUCUUUUCAGUUUCACAAAGACCAGAUUUGAGCAUGCUUCUCAAGCGCCUAGAGGCAAAACUUCGUAUGAAGGAGCCUUCUUACGCUCGCAAAGUGGAACACAUCAUCGAAGACAUAUCGGAACAUCUGACGGAAAAGAGGUACCUUAUUGUGGUUGAUGACUUGUGGGAUCCAUCCAUAUGGAAUGUUAUCAGUCAUGCCUUCCCAAAUGAUGGUAAUGGGAGUAGAGUAAUAGUAACAACAAGGGUAGAAGUUGUGGCUAGUGCGGCUUGUCAAAGUGGCCCUGAGUACAUUUAUAAAUUGAAGCCCCUGGACAAACAAAAUUCAAAGAAAUUGUUUUUCAAAAGAAUAUUUGACCAUGUGAUCAACACAAUUGAUCUGAUUCGACAGUGGAUAGCUGAAGGCUUUAUCAGCAAUUUGCCUGGGCAAGAUUUGGAGGAUGUUUCUAGGAGUUACUUCAAUGAGCUUAUCAAUAGAAACAUGAUUCAGCCUGAACAUACUCUUUUGGGGGAGGUGGUGUCAUGUAGAGUACAUGAUUUGAUGCUUGAUUUGAUUCUAAGCAAGUGUGCAGAAGAUAAUUUUAUAUGUGUGGCAUACAAUGCUGAUGACAUGGAAAGGCUGCAUAGCUGCAAGCACAAGGUUCGUCGUUUAUCCCUGAGCUCCAUGGCUACGGGUGGAGCAAGUGCCACAUAUGACACAACUAUUAUUGCUUGCAUAUCACUUGUACAUGUUCGAUCAUUUUCACUGUUCAGGAACUACAUGCCAUCCCUUUUGCUGUUCAAGUAUCUCAGGGUGCUCAACAUUUAUGAUGUCAUGGUAGAUGAGAAGGAGAUUGUUGACUUAACUGCCAUUAGCCAGUUAUUUUUGUUGAGGUAUUUGAAAGUUGAAGCAUCAUAUGGCAUAGAGCUUCCAACAGAACUUCAAGGGUUUGUUUACUUGGAGACGAUACACUUAAGCUGUGGAGAGAUGAUGGAAAUACCCUCAGAUAUAGUUCAUUUGCCCCGCUUGUCCUAUUUGUGCCUUCCAGUUGCUUCAAGACUGAUUGGAGGGAUCGGAAACAUGAAAUCAUUGCGUACCCUACGAGGGUUUCUCGUACUGAGCUCGGUGGAGGAUAUUAUGGGUCUCGGCAAGCUCAUCAACCUGACAGAACUGGAGCUGGCGGGAUUUGGGGCGUUUUUGGAGACACCAAAACUUGAUGCUUUGGCAUGCUCCAUUGGAAAGCUCCAUAACCUCAAACGCCUCAGCUUGCAUUGCUUGUGUGAAGAAGACAAUAAUUUGCUGGCCUCAUUAUUCAAUCCCUUCCAGCAUAUUGAGUACCUUGGACUUGAAGAUUGGAAAUUCCCCCAAGUUCCCAAAUGGAUAGGUGGUCUCCAUUACCUCCGCAUCCUAGAGCUGCGUGUUGAGGAGACAUCAACUGAGCAGAUUCAUCUUCUGGGAGAGCUUCCCUCCCUUGUUUACCUCAAAUUGAAUGCACCUCAUGUUAUAUUGGGCAAGGGACUAUUCCAGGUUCUGGAAUACUUUGAACUCGAGGCACCGAAGCAACUUGUGUUCGAGGCUGGGACCAUGCCCAACCUACGAACCCUCCAUCUCAACAUGAGGAAGUGGGGCAACAUUAUACCAGUCGGCAUGGAUUAUCUGCUAUGGCUCCGUGAGGUCCGACUAGUGGGGUGCUACUCCGACGAUGCUCUGUCUACGGUCAUGGCGACCUUGCUGGUGCAUCCAAACCACCCUUUGGUUAAAAUUGUAUAG